AAACUCAUCAGUAUAAACGAGGCGCCCAAUGCAGAUGGCAUUCCCCACGAUCGAAGUUUCGCAAAAUCUCUACCCGCGAAUUAAAUAUUUGUGAAUGGCCAGUGAUAUGCGUUUAAAUAGAACGAACUACGAAUUUCAUUUGUGAAUAUCGGAGAAGAUAAGAUGAAGCCAAUUCGUUAUCAAGUGCAAAAUAAGUUAUAGAUUGUGUUAGAAUCAUACGAAAAAAAUAAUAUGUUUAUUUAGAUAUUUAUACCUUUAACCGAGUCAUAUGCACAGUGAAAUAACGAACGUUCUAGAUUCAUUAAAGCUAAGGCAAAAACUUCUGCAAAGAAAUAGUACUUAUGUGAAAGUGAUUGAGUUUAUUAAGAAAGACGCAAUUCGAUACUUAUCUAAACAUCACUUAAGUUAUAUAAAAUAUUAUGAACAUAUUUAUAGGUAACGAUUAUCAUUCCAAAAAUCUCGUAAAAUUAAAAUAAACUUUAAAAUAAGUUGAACUUAAAAGAAAUUGAUAUUAAAUCGAAUCAAGCAAGAGUCGUUUUCCUAUUAAUAAUACAAAAUGGCCGCUAAAGCUGAACCAAUGAGUCCACGAAACGGGCAUGAAUUAGCCCCUUUAAACACUAGAGCUGAUGGCAGCGAGAGACCUCAUGGAGUGACUAUUGUAUUGCAAGGAUCGAGAAAUUCUAUCCAUAGAGAAGCAGAUGAAGACAGAGCUGCUUGGUCAGGGAAGCUACAGUUCUUUCUCUCUAUCAUCGGAUACUCUGUGGGACUUGGUAACAUUUGGCGCUUUCCUUAUCUGUGUCAACAAAAUGGAGGAGGUGCAUUCUUAAUUCCAUUUCUGAUAAUGUUGGUGCUGGAGGGUAUACCGUUGUUCUUGAUAGAGAUGGCCAUAGGACAGAAGAUGCGACUUGGAUCCCUUGGCGUGUGGAACACCAUACACCCUUGGCUGGGUGGCAUCGGGAUAGCCAGCUGCGUGGUGACUCUGUUUGUGGCACUGUAUUACAACGUUAUAAUCACCUGGGUGUUUUUCUAUCUGUUUAAUAGCAUUCGGUUAAGUGCUGACUCGUUACCAUGGGCUCACUGUCCGACCGACAAUGGAACAGCCGAGGAGGAAUGCUCCAAAACCUCAGCCACCGUCUACUACUGGUACAGAGAGGCCCUGGACGCGUCACCCAGCAUUGAUGAACCAGGUCUUCCGAGAUGGUGGAUUGUUUUGUACCUCAUUUUGGCGUGGGUCAUUGUAUUUUUCAUUGUUAUGAAAGGCAUACAAAGCAGUGGAAAGGUUGUGUACUUCACGUCUCUGUUUCCAUACGCUGUGCUGACAAUAUUUUUCGUCCGUGGUAUCACUCUGCCGGGCUCUGCUGAUGGGAUAUUGCACAUGUAUAAGCCCAAGCUUGAAAAGCUGCUAGAUCCAACAGUGUGGCUGGACGCAGCAACCCAGGUGUUCUAUUCUUUCGGGCUUGCGUUUGGAUCCCUCAUAGCCUUCGGGUCGUACAACCCACCCAACAACAACUGCGUGAGAGAUGUUUUGCUCGUAUCUGUCUGCAAUGCCCUAACAGCAAUCUACGCAUCUGUGGUUAUCUUCAGUAUUCUUGGCUUUAAGGCUUUCACUAUGGUAGAGAAGUGUAUCGGCAAGGAGAUAAAAGUAUUAGCAUUGCACCAUGUGGGUGGUUUCACGCUAAACUCAACUCAGGAAUAUUACGAAGAAUACUAUCCCAGAUUGAGUUCCAACGUAACUUCUUAUUUGAAUCUGACCGGGUGUUCUAUGGGCCGCCAACUGGACGAGGCUGCAGAAGGCACUGGAUUGGCGUUCAUAGUGUUCACUCAAGCAAUUCUCAAACUAACCCCAGCACCUUUCUGGUCAAUUAUAUUCUUCCUAAUGCUGCUGUCGCUUGGACUUGGAAGCCAAAUCGGCAUUAUGGAAGGAAUGCUAUGCACCAUAUUUGAUAUAGACUUCUUCAAGAGAUUUAGCAAACCUGUCCUAACUGGCGCAGUUUGUACGUUUUGCUGUGUUGUGGGCAUGAUCUUCACCACAGGCGCGGGAGAAUACUGGCUGAAGAUGUUCGACUCUUUCGCAGGCACCAUCGGUCUUGUAGUCGUGGCUCUACUGGAAAUGGUCUCUGUUAUUUACAUUUACGGACAUGAAAGGUUUACUAACGACAUCUACGAGAUGACCGGCUACCGUCCUGGUUGGUACUGGCAGAUCACCUGGCGCUACGUCGGUCCCUUCAUUGUCACCUGUAUCCUGCUGUCGUCUCUCGUCUUCAUGCUGAUCAAUCCUCCCACAUAUGGCGCCUGGAAUGCUGCUGAGGGUCGCGUUGAGAAAACGCAGUACCCUAACUGGGUGUUGGCGAUCGCUGUAAUGAUGAUUCUGGCUGGAAUACUACCAAUCCCAAUUGUGCUGCUUCUACGAAGAUUCCAGUGUCUCUCUUUGGACGUGGACAUCCAUCAGGGUUCGAUCAGAAGAAUUGAAACAACUGUCUCCACCAAGGAAAUGAUGAGCGACCAAGACUCAUCUGAUUCAGAGCAAGGAGAAGUACGUGCUUCAGGGACGUGUGGUUCAAGCAGUAGUGAUGAAGAUAUACCAAAAUCAAAAAAUAAAUUCUUGCCGAUUUCCGGAACUAGGUUUUCGUUGAAGCCCAUUGGUCACAAGCCAACAUCAUUCAAAAUGGACGUCGUUGACGAUUGACUGUUAUUUUAAAUUAUCGUUGUAUGUUUAAAAUAUGAAUGAGUACACGUUACUUUGUGUAAUGGCUACUUUCCACUUUGAUUAGUGCAGAUGCAGGUGAUUAGCGAUUAUUGUGAGUGAUUAGUUCUCUUAAAUUGUGAACUGUAAGUGCGAGUACUAUUUAGUAGUUAUUUAGUUGCUAUGUUGAUAGACGUCAAUCAAAUUCAUCAAGUGCUCUUAUAAUAACACGUAAUGCUGAAAGAUAUAGUUAACGUGGUCCGAAAUCAAGUACUUAAUAACGGAACCUGCCCAUCAAUCACGUCUUCAUCUCAAUCGUUUUCUGUGACACGCUUUAAAUCAAUCUACUAAUCACUCGCAAUCAUCAAUUUGCUGUCCACGCGUGUUUAGUCUUACUCACAAAACAGCUGUAUUUAAUCACCUACAUUCUCACAAGCAAAAGGAAAUUAGGCAUGUAUACUGUUUAAUGAAAGGUAUUUAUUAAUAAUAAAUAAUUUCUUCCUAAUUUUAGAAUAAGUUUUUGAGAAUUUCGCGAAAGGAAUUAGUUAAAUAACUAUUGAAGAUUUUAAAGUCUUUGUGACGCUGUUCCAAACGUUUUAACAGAAUUGUAAUCUGUUAAAUUUUUUUUUAUGACAACUGUAUUACACAUACCAUUAUAGUAAUUUAGAAUAAGCUUUUGAGAAUUUAGAAAAAGGAAUUUGGUAUUCAUAUUAGUUAAAUAAACUAAGCAAUUUGUCGAUUUAAUAAGUCCUUGUAACGCUAUUCGAAAUGUAUUACAUAAUAAUAAAAUAAUUAAUAUUGACGCGUUGUAUAUAAUCUACGUUUAGUUACUGAGUAAUUAUAUUGUUUAGAUAAAUAUUAUAACGCAUGGUGAAUCUUCAAUUACUUUCUUCAUAUAUUGCUGGAUGUUUAUAUGAAUUAAUAGUCAUUGAGUGAUGAUUUUUAAGGAUUUUUUUUCGUAAAUUUUAUUAUUUAACCCUGGAUUUUAAAUUCAUAAAUUAUUAUAAUUAACUCAGGAUAUACCAAAUAUAUUUUCAAGGGAUAUUCUUAAAGUAUUAGUUUUAUUAUUAAUUUAACAAUUAAUAUUUUAGGAUUAUCCAUUAAAAAAGAUCGAGACAUUUACGGGCUGAUUGUUCACCUUGCCUUUGAUUGAUUUCUCGCUUCCAAUAGGGUCAACGGGAAGACCUAGUGAUGUGCCGUGUUAGUGUCGAAUGUCGAUACUACUAUAAAACAUAUUUAUCGUUAACGUAGCAUUUUAAAAUACGUGGAGCACUACGAACACACGAUUUUUGGUUCAGUAAGAUAUUUUUAAUGUGCCAUAGGUAAGUUAUUAAUUUAUAUAGGUAGUUAAUAGUUUUAAGAUUCAUGAUAGUGGGGGCUCAUAACACAAUAAUGUUAUAAUGUUUACUUAACUUUAGAGUAGGAUAAAUAAGUUUUUAAAUUUUCACUUAGAAAUUCAUGUCUAGCUAUUAUUUUUGAAAGGAAAGUCAAAUUAUAGAAUUGCAAUUAUAGAAGGAAAAAUUUCGGUUAAUAAUAAUAUAAAUUAUUAAGAACUUGUUCAUCAAGAAUAUGAUAUUGGUUAUUUAUAAAGUAACAGAUCAAUUGCAAUAUUUCCCUUUUUUUACCAAAACUUUAAAUGGCGGGCUGUGGAAUAGACGAUGGUACCCUAAUGUUCCGUACAUAAAUUAAAAAUUAUAGCAAUAACUUGUGAUUGAUAACGUUACUUCAAUAUUUUUUUUAAGUCUACAUACAAUUUAAAAACCAAAAUACCAAAAAACCAAAACCAAAAACUUAACAUGAAACUAUUAUUAUGAUAUUAAAAGUAUAUGUAACUGAUUAUUACAUAUAAAGUGUUAGUCGGAAAUUAUUGAGUACCCAGGCUUUCUUUUCCUGCUCACUCAACAUGUAUUGUAUAUUAUUUAUUUAUUGUGAAUAGCUAUAUAAGAAAUAUUGCCAUGACACAAUUAGCAUAACCUUUGAGGUUCAGAAUGUUCAAGCACCGUGAUAGGGCGAAGCCCUAUAACAGAAGGUUUGCCAGGAUUACCUACGGUUUUUUUAAACUACUUGGUAUGCUAACAUAAGGAAUAGACGGUGUUCCAUUGAAAUGAAUAAAAUAAUCAAAAUUAUGAAACAGUUUAGGCUAUAAUCUUUUUAAAGUACUUUUUAUGCUUACACAAGGAAUGGACGGUUUUCCAUUGAAAUGAAUAAAAUAAUCAAAAUUAUUAAACGGUUUAGGUAGAUGAUAAUUAUACGUUUUAAACGACAUUGAGGGUGUGCUAGUCACUUGAUAGUUUUGACUUAUGAUGGCUUGGCUAUGUAAAACAUAUUAUUAUUAACAUAAUAUAAGCAAAGUAUAAGUGAGGUAAUAACUAAUGAACUCUUUAAUAUUUAGUAACUAUUAUAAAUUAAAUACAUUCAAUUGAACGGAUGUAAGUAAUUGUUCCAUUAUAUUAUCGAUAUUUGCAUGCGUGUGAAGCCCUAGUUGAGGCAGCGAUACGUACCUAAUUGUGAAAUAGUUGGGAUCCUUGCAGUACAGUUAGUAUGAAAAUAAGAAAAUAAUAAUUUUAUUGAUUACUACAGUGAGAUCUAGGUUCUAUAGGAGGACCUAUCUUAUUAACUUCUAAUCUAAUCAAACCUUUUUUGUCCCUAAAAAUUUAUUGAAAGUCUGUUUUGUCGGUUCAAUUGCAUUCCAUUUAGCAAGUUAUCCAGCUAUAACAAUUUAUGAUUUACUAAAAUAUAAUCAUUCAAUCCGUAUUUAGUGAGUAAUGAUUCGGGUAAUACGACUAAUUAUGUGGAACCUAGUUAUAGUGUCCGAGUGAAUUCAAUGAAAUUGAACGAGGUAUUAUAUAUGGGAUAAAACUCCUGUUCAGAAAUAUUGUUACAAAUGAGUGCAAUUGUUAAAAAAAUGUGUCGUGUUGUUUGAUACAACCAUAAAAAUAAGUUAAUUAAUUUAUGUUUUGGCAUUUAUGGUUUUCUGCGCGUGCUAUUUUGUUUUAAUAUCGUUUGAAUCAGAAUAUAUUGACGAAUACGAUGACGGUAUUCGUUGUACAAUUUCCACAACACUAAAGUUACAAAAAUAUCAUAGGUUUUUACGAACCGAAUUAUUUUAUUUGCAAAAUAUAACAGGAAGAGCUCAUGAAAUAAAUAAUUCUGCAGGAGUUUUAUAUCAAAUAUAUUUCUUAUAGAAUAAGAAAAGCACUGUUUUAUAUUAAGCAGUUACUUUGUUUAUAGCUCAAGAGAGCUUUAGUGAAUGUUUCGUAGUAGCUUCGGGAUAACAUCCUGAUGUAGAAUAUUUAAACUAAUAAUAAUAAAUAUACCUAGGGUAGCAGUUCGUGCGAAAUAAAUUAUUGCCACCGA